UCGAGAACAAGAUAUUUAUCCAAUCGCAGAGCAUGUAACAUUUUCGCUUUCGGUGUCUGGUAUUUUCAACCAAUCAGAGAGAAGCUUUUGCCCGCGUAGAAUCAAAGCCACACGACCUCCAAAGAUGAAAUAUACAAGAAACAAGAAAAGAGUUGGAGAUUGUUUUCUGUCAACGUAUCAAUGUAUAAAAACCUAAUACGACGAAUCAAGGGGUCUGCAUGCCGUCUCUACAAUACACAGUGUUCCCAUUCUUGGAUAUGUCUGACAAAAAAUCGCCUCCUAGAAAGGAGAAGCCUAUUUUUGUACGGACACCACAGUCAGAAAACAAAUCGCUGAAGAGAAAGAUCUUAUCAUCAGAAUCACCCCCACACGACGAAGAAGAUAAAAAAGUUACACCAAAGAGAAAAAAGACUUUUAACUCUGACAUCUCACCACCCCAGGGGAUUGUCCAGUUACCUAAAACCCCCACCAGUGGGAUAACAUCACCUCGUACAGGCCCUCUGUCUGAGAGACAACAGAUGUUGAUCCUAAUGCGUAUGACCGAUGAAAACUCACAAGAUUCAACAACAAAUAAACCAGCCUCUCCACAGCCAAACAUCCCAGUACCAAAAAGAACACCUAUAGAUAAGAAAGUACACAAAAGAAACGAGAGAGGAGAGACACCUCUACAUAUAGCAGCUAUUAAAGGAGAUGUCAAACAGAUAAAGAAACUUAUCAAGGCUGGGGCUGAUGUUAAUGUAGCUGAUUUCGCAGGUUGGACCCCAUUACAUGAAGCUUGUAAUAGAGGAUGGGUACAAGUUGCUAAGCAGCUGUUAAAAGCUGGUGCAAAUGUCAAUGUUCAGGGUCUAGAAAAUGACACACCAUUACAUGAUGCUGUCAUAAAUGCUCAUAAUAAACUUGUGGAGUUACUGUUGAAACAUGGAGCAAACCCCCUCCAACAGAACAGUACUGGGAAGUCACCAGUUGACUUGGCUAGCUCACUUGAUAUGGGCAAGUUACUUAGGAAGGAGAUGAUCACAUCUAGUAGUGAUAGUUCCAGUCUGGAUGAUAUGAGGUCGCCUGCCUCACCAGAAAGUAUUUCCUCGUUAAAAGAGGAAGAUUUCAGAAACUCUGAUAAUGAAGAAAAAGAUCUGAUCACAUCACGGCUUGCUAAAUCUGAUGGAAUGUAUGGUUUUGGAAGCUCACAGGGACCAAGUAGUCGCAGGAUGUUAAUUCCAAAGACUCAGGAAUCCCCAAGACUCUUUUUAAAAUUUCACCGAGAAACAGGGGAUGAAGUAAGUGACAAACAAAAGGAAGUGACCUCAUACAGUGUAAUUAUGGGAAUGAGUGACAAGCGAUCUUUUUCUCCAGCAGAUAGCAAUGUGUCAAGUGUGGAUAGUGACCUUUAUGACCCUCACCUUGAGGCAAAAAUAAACAAUACAAAAACAUGUCAAGUUGAAAAUGAAAGUGAUAUUUCAUCAACAAAUGUGCUAACAAAAAAUAAUGUGACAUCAUCUGUGAUUAACCCUAAUAUGGAAUUUCAAAGUUUUGAACGGCUUGAUAACUUAGAGCCAGACAGUCAAAGCAUGGAUUCCUCUAGGAACUUUUUUACAUCAGAGAUGCCAAAACAGGAGUUGUUUACUGCGCAAGGAAAUAAUAGUGAUUCAGCAGACGUUAAAAGUAAUAGUGAUAAAUGGGAUUACAUUCCAAGUGUUGUUGAUUCAACUCGAUUAAAAGAAGAUAAAUUAUACAGUCAAAAUUCAUCCAAUCAUAGAACGUUGUCUUCAUCUAUAUCUCAGUCUGUCACUACUAAUUCGGUGAAUAGUUUAACUUCAGUUCUACCUUUUACUUCAACAGAACGGACUAAUACAAGUAACAAUUUACAGUGUUUCUCAAAUUUUCCUCGACGAAAUAGUAUUUCUAGUAAUGUAGUCUCUUCAAAUGUUGGACCUAGUAACGGGGCUUCUGGUGAUAAUAGCUCUGACUCAUUAGUGACAACCAGUGGAUUGAAGUGGGAAUUGAGGUCUGCUUCUUCACCACGUCUUGAAGAUGAUAGUAAUCUAUCGGGGAAGUCUGAUAGUGAUAGGGUAUCAUCCCCUGCAAGGUUAGACAAAGACUUAAGAAAUUCACCAAGGAGUGAUAAAGAGAAAGACAGUCGCUCUUGCUCACCCAAAGUUCCACCAUUAAAAAUUAUUAUUCCACAAAAAAGUUCAUCCUCAUCUUCUAGUGAAUCAGAAUCAUUAAAAAUUCAUGUGUCAAAGGCAGCUUUGCCAUAUGUGUUAAACCCAGGGGAGACAACACAAGUGUCGACUGCUGUCGGUGGCCCUGUGUUGUCACUCUUAUCACAGGAAUCACUGCGACCAUCCAGUCCGACAUCAUCACGACCAUCCUCAAGGGGGAGUAACACAGCCUCUGUAUCAAAAGAAAAUGAUAAAGUUAUAAAAGAGGAAGAAGAUGGACUGACGGAUGAGGAUAUACUUGGAAAACCAGAAAUGACAGAAGAGGAAAAGGAAGCAGAGAAAGGCAAGGAGGAGGAGAAAAAAGAUGAAGCAAAUCAAAAGUCUACACGGACCUUGAGGUCACAUACUAAAGAACAACAGAAGGCACAGGAAAAACCAAAAGAGAAGGGGGAGAAAGAGAAAAUUGACAAAGAAAAGGACAAAGAAAGAGAGAAAGAAAAAAUAUCAAUAUUAAAUACAGAUCAGUCCAUGAGAGACGAUGUAUCAGUUUCAUCAAAGACGGCCAAAGGUGAUGAGGAUGAUACACAGUCCUCAGUGCAGCUACGGAAACGUAACUUGCGACCAAAAAUAGAACCAACAGAACCUCCUCCUGUUCCAACCUUACCUCCAGUUACUUAUGAAAAACCACCUAAUCCAUACGAAACAUACCUGGCUAUCAGAAGACAGAAGAUAAUAUUUCAACAGAAGAGUUUAUCAGUUGUACAACCAAAGCCACCACAAGGUUUCAAAGAUUAUCUUCUAGUGAACUGUAGUUAUGUUCUUCAGGGGAAUUCAGCCAGUACUCUGUCUGUACCAAUGCUUUCACCUCCUAACUCUGUUACUGAGAAGAUGCGUGAUUUAUUUAUAGAACAAGAAAAGGCACGCUACAAACUUAGGCUGCAGCAUCUGACAGAAAGGGAGAAACUAAGGUUGGCCUUAGAACAAGAGAAGAUAAGAGAACAUGGUCGGGCAGCACGAGCAUCUAGUAAUCAAAAUUUACCACUAAGUGUAUGUACAUUGAUGAAAUACGAUGACACAUGUAACAUCAAUGACUUUGAUCAGUCUGAUGAAAAGGAAAAGACAUCACGCUCAAGAUAUAAUGGCAGACAGUUUCUGUCAUGGAUUAAAGAUGUCGAGGACAAAUUCGAAAAAAUUAAGAACGCAUUAUUACUACGACACCAUAAUGAGGCUGAAUCUUUAUUUGCUGUACAGAAGAUGGACUGGGAAUGUAAAAUGAAAGAGUUUGGACUUUGUGACAAGAAUAGAUUGCCUGUUGUAGAGGAGCUUCAUGUUCCCAUGGUCCAAGUUAAUGAUGAUUUUGAAUUGUUGCCUUCAUAGUCUUAUGUUACUUGUUAGUGUAAUACAUUGAACAUUCAGUAAAUGUUUUUUGACAGUUUAAUUUUAAUCUCUGUUUUAUCGAGAUAAUGAUAGCACAAGUGCAAUAAAAUCCCUGUGGUCCUCGCGUUGUUAGAUAGUUUCAGCGAAAUUCAGCCAUCUACCUUACCUUCAUAAUGCAAUGAGGUGCACAUCCCUUAGAUCCUAUCCAUACCCCUUUGAAGCAAUUAAUUGACAAUAGAUACAUAGAUAUUCCACAUCACCUGUUCCACAUACUUGUGAAAAUAACCAUAAUUAUAAAAAUUAAACAAAAGUUAUUUUCCUUCUUAUGUGACAAAGGGAGAUAAUUUAAAAAAUAUAGAUUAAGUUCACAUUGCAAAAUUAAAAGGCAUUUGAUUUUUUAGAAAUGGUUUUUCCUACUUAUUGUGAAAACGGGAGAUAAUUUAAAAAUUGAAAAUUAAGUUCCCAUUGCAAAAAAAUUGGCAAUUUGAAUUUAUUGAAACUUUUUUUUUGAAAUUUUCUUCCAGUACAUGAUUUGAAAUUAAAUUUUGUAAAUUUAUUUUAGUUUUGUUCAAUACUACAGAUACUUUAAGUAACCACUCCGAUAGGAUGUGAAAGUUGAUCCUUUGCUAAAAAAAUAAAAUUUACUGAAUUUGUCUAUAAAUGCUAUAGGGCCUAUUGUAAUAAAAACAUUUACUGAAUGUGUCUAUACAUGCUAUAGGGCCUAUUGUAAUAACUUACUUCUUUCUCAGUGCUAUAUCUUUACAGAGUUUUAUUUAUUUCACAUGUUUUAAUUUUAUGUGCAUUUUUGCUUGUAAAAAUUACUCAUUUUGUGAGCCAUGAACACUUGAAAUAAAACAUUUGUUAGUUAAGAUAUAUAUUUACCAAACAAUGUAUGGUAUUAUUUGAUGCACUUGCUUUUUUCUGAAAACCAGUUACUAAGAUAAAGGGGAAGGUAAAGAAAUACUAUAUUUGUCCUAAUUAUUCAAAAAUACUAAAACAAAAACACAAUUUUAGACAACAUGCAAUUUAAGAUGUUUACAAGACCUACCAAUGUCUUAGAUCCGCUGCUUUUAGGCCUUCAAACAUAUUUAUUGAGUGAAUGAAAGCAAAAUUUACAGAAUUUGCCUCCAUUUGAGACUUGUUAAAUAAUUAGAUGUCAGCAACAAUGUAACCUAAAAUGAUAAUUUUUGGCAAGAUGUUUUUACCAAGAUGUUAGAGUAAAUAAAAAUAUACUUUUGUGUAAAGCUGUUGCUCACAUUUAUUGCAGACCCUUCAAUUUAUUUUUGUUAGAUUAAAUAUAUCCAUUUAGACUCGGUAAUUAGUCACAGUGAUGUGACUAAUGGCAUUUCUGAACUGACCAGGCUACUUCAGCCUGUCCAUUUCAUAAUAAUAUUACACAGAUUUGAAAAGAUUGAAGAAUUUUGACUAUUUUGGCAAUCCAAGGGUCAGAUUUAUGAUACCUUCUCCUUUGUCCAUUCUAUGUACUACAUAUGUCUUUAAACUUUAUAUUUAAUGUGUAUGCACCAUUAAUACUUAAACAAAGGUUGUAUUUGAAGAAAAUAGUUUGAACAAUUUAAAUCUUUUUUGUACUUGUGGAGUACGUACACCAUCUGAGUUGCUUUAGAGACUUGUAUUAUAUUAUAGUUGUGAUUUCUGAGUAUUUGAACCCUCAACUUAUAUUUUAUGAUGACAAGACAAUAUAAAACACCUUGCUUCUAAAUAUUAAAUUGUACAUGAAAUCUUGCACUAUUUCUCUGUAUGCAAGUAAAAAAUCUACAGAAUUAAUACUUAUUUAUAUACUGUUUCAAUUUUAUAUAGAUUUGAAAAAACAUUAAGAAAAAAGGCAAAUUGGAAAAAAAUGCUUGAGACAUCAGGAAUUAAAAUGCUUUAUUGUAUUGUACUCGCCCAAUUUUCUUUGUAAGAAGCUUAAGGGUCAAAAUGAUAGUUUUUUUUCCACACUGCAAAAGUACUAGUUGUACUAGUUGUACCAAUAUUUUCAGUGAAAAUCAGCUAUUUUUUGUAACGAAGAUUGAUCAAAUUGUAGAGUUAAAUAUUUGAUAAUGAUAUACACUGUUAUAGUUUAAAACUAAGAAAACUUUGUCUACUGAUGUUUCUGUAAGACACUCACUCCUCACACUUUGUACUUGCAUCAGUAUGUAGAAUAACACAAGAAAAAUACAAUAGAUUCAAAGGUGUAAAAAUCUUCUAUUUUAUUUAUACAAAAACGGCACAAAAUUUGUUUAAUCAAAGGUUUUUUCACUGCUAGGUAUGUUUGCUGUGGUCAGCUAAAUGGUGUGUUGUCCAUGCUAUUUACAAUAUUUUUGCAUAUUUACAAGCAAUAGGAUAUUUUUACAUGCACAGGUUUUCUCUAUUCCUAAUUUUCUGUUGUUUAAUUUUGUUUGGUAUAUUUUAGUUGUUAAGAGUGUAUCUUCAUUUGUUUAAUGUCCUGUUGCCUCUUAUGUAUGUUUUUGUCUCAAUGAGUAUUUAGGCCAAUCCCCUAUUAAAUAGCAAUGUCUUUGUAAAAGUGCGCCUGUUGGUGCUAAAAACUUCAGGAUGCAGCCAUUUCAUCUUAAUUUUAAAAAAAAAGAAUCCUAUGUUGAUUUCAAUCACAAGCUUAAGGGCAUUGCACAAAUUUUCAUUUUUUACCAUUCAUUAAAAAAUAAACCUUUUAGGCCAAAAUCUUUUAAAGAAGGAUUUUUAUAGUAAUUAUCAAGUUCAUUAUUCAUUUAGGAAAGCAAUUUCAACAGCAGUCAUUUAAUUCUUCAUAUAAAGAUUAUUUUUUUCAGUGCUAGAUUUUUAAAAGCCUCUGAUGAGAAACAAUAUUUUUAAUAACGGAUUGUAUGGUGUAAUAUAUUGACAAUCUGUUGUAUAUCAUGUAACAAAAGAUAAUUAUCGUUGUAUAAAUCUUCAUUAUAUGUAAAUAAUCUAGUGUUGUAAAAAGAAUUAUACCUAUGACCCAAGGUCACUAAUCUUCAAAGUUCAAGGCCAUUGUCUCAUGCUGUAUGGGUCAUGGUAAUGUUAUGUAUAUAUUUUGCUUGCAUCUCAUCCUUGUACAGUCUCAUUAUUGUCAUAUUGCAUAAGGUUUAUAAAUAGUCACAUAUCAAACAGACAAGUUAAUUUUGCUUGUAGAUAUUAUGCUUUCCUUGAAAUUUUUUGGACCAAGUUGAAUCUGUCUUUAAUAUUUUCCACAUAUUAUAUCUAAUGUUAGUAGUUUGAUUGCACAUGAAAUUAGUAUACCUAUUUUAAAACUAAUUAAUAUAUUUUUUACAUGUAAGGUUCCACUUUUGAUAUUUGUUUCAUUGCCUCUAUCAAUUUGGUUUAAUUUAUUUUUAGAUAUUGAAAAAAUAGCCCUUUUCAUAGGAUUAUUUUCAGUAUUUGUUAAAAGGAGACUUUUCAGGAAAAUGUAAAACAUUUAAAGACAAAAACGUAAAAUUUUAUCCUCCUCUUAAAAGAAAACAUAAAACAGCUUAGUCUGGUUACCUUGCCUAUUUAUUUGAUUACAACAAAAUUUUUCAAUUAAAUGUAGAAUUGUUAUAAUUUCAAGUUAGAGAAUGCAUGAAUACAAUUCACUUCAAGUUUCUAAAUUACCACAAUCGUGUCCUAAAAAUACAACCUAUUUUCAGCAUUAUUUUAAGAAGAAAAAAUAUCUGAUUCUAAAUAAAGUUCAAAUGAAACUUAGCGUCUUUGGAGACAAAAGAAUUAAAAAAAGAAAAGAAAAUGUAAUCAACAACAGUUCCAAACUAAAUAUUAAGUGUCAUCCUUUGUCAAGGUAGACAUUUCCUUUCUUAAGCAUUUUAAAAUUUUGAAAAUGAUUUCUCAUGUAAUGUUGAUGAGAGCAAACAUAAUUGAGUAAAGUUUUGUUGGUAGCAGCUGAUCAACCAUUUCUUAUAUGACUUGUAUUGUAAUAUCAUGUGACUACACAGAUCAUAUGCUUCCUCCAUGUUAUGAUCAUGUGACUAUUUGUUCUAGGAACUUCUGUAAAUCUAUUGUACUUGUGAACAAACCGAAUGGUAAAUAAAUAGAUAAAAACCUUAGUAAA